AUGGCUGGCCUUACAUCGGACAACAUUUCAAUAGCGUCCGCACGUCAAUACGGCUUUUCAAGGGAGCGUGACUUGUGCGUCUAUUGCGGGAAGAAUUCAAAGCCGCCGCCUACAGACCCGUUUGCGCCAGUCUUUGUCUUCUUCUCCCUCGUCGACUGCCGCCACUACGUGUGCCAGCCGUGCGCCCUCGUCAACUGCGACAACGCGGGUCGCUACAUUCGCUGCCCAACGUGUCACUCCAUCUCGCGUCUUGCGCAGACGGGUAAAAAGCGUACUGGACCCGAUGAGUUGCGUGUGACGAUUGACGAUGGCGUAUCCUCUGCCGCCUCACACGCAUCACGCCGCUCGGUGCGUGUUCCGGCAGACAACGUGCCGGCACGAAGCGCCCUUGCGAAGGCUGACCGCAGCAAAAAACGUUCUGCCUCUGUGCAGUUUUCGGCGAACCCGACGACGUCUGUUGUGCCGCCACCUGAGGAGAGUGAAAACAAAAAACGUGGAGAUGCUUCUGUAACUUCACCG